ACUUUUUCGCUGCUAUCCAAGAAGGAGAUAUUUAUUAUGCGUCUCGAUUUCGUUUCCUUUUUAUUCUCUCUUCUUCGCUGACCUUUAUUACCCCAUUUUACGCGUCUCUACCUUUUCCCUCUCUCUCAACCCCGAAGAACCUUUGGAAGAAGAUCUCAAAACAAAUAGAUCUGAUUUGAAGGAGUUAUUGUAAGACACGAAUCAUGGGGUUAUCAUUCACUAAGCUUUUUAGUCGGCUAUUUGCUAAGAGAGAGAUGCGUAUUUUGAUGGUUGGUCUGGACGCUGCUGGUAAGACUACCAUUUUGUACAAGCUCAAGCUUGGAGAGAUUGUAACCACAAUUCCUACCAUUGGGUUUAAUGUCGAGACUGUUGAAUACAAGAACAUCAGCUUCACUGUCUGGGAUGUUGGGGGUCAAGACAAGAUCCGUCCACUGUGGAGGCACUACUUCCAAAACACCCAAGGUCUUAUCUUUGUUGUUGAUAGCAAUGACAGAGAUCGUGUUGUUGAGGCAAGGGAUGAAUUGCAUAGGAUGUUAAAUGAGGACGAGUUACGCGAUGCUGUGUUGCUUGUUUUUGCUAACAAACAAGAUCUUCCCAAUGCAAUGAAUGCUGCUGAAAUCACUGAUAAGCUUGGCCUCCACUCCCUUCGCCAACGCCAUUGGUACAUCCAGAGUACAUGCGCAACUUCUGGGGAGGGACUUUACGAGGGUUUAGAUUGGCUAUCCAACAACAUUGCCAACAAGGCUUAAAGCGGUUGAAGAUGGUGAUUUUCUUGGAUUGGCCGGCUUUAGUUUUUUCUGGAUGCAGGGGUAUAAUAUUCAAGCUUCUCGUGAGAUAGAUGUGGCUUUCAGAACAGCCAGUUUAUAGGACUUAAAAAGGAUCUCUCUGUUAACAAAUACGCUCUCUUUUAUAUGCUUUGCCCUUUUCUCUCUCUUCUAUUUGUUGUGCUCAAGUUCUUACUGGCUUUUUUAGCUAAUCCUUUUAGCUGUUACAAACAAAUACAUUCUGUGGUGUUUUAAAAUUACUUAUUUGGUUAUGCUUGCCAUCUGUUUAUUCUUUU